AAAAACAUGUAAAUAUAACCACACUAGAGGAAAGACUUCUGCAGCACCAUUAGCACCAGUUCUAGAGUUUAACUUUGUUGGUCUUCCAAUCUGAGUGGGUGAGAAAGAAUGUCCAUAUUACAUGCGAUAUCCAGAACAUCUGCCAUUUCUAUCAAGGUCUGCUGCUAUUUUCCGGGAGUGUUUUGAUCCUAUUGUAGCAAGAUCUAGUCAUGAUUUGAUUCCUGUUAUGGUGUAUGGGUCUAUUGUUGUAUCAGCUGGUCUUCUUAGGAUAUUUGGUCGUGAGGUAGUCGAGCUUCCCAUAGUGGCAAUAACUAGAGAACACCAAGGGAAAGGCUAUUUCCAAGUAUUAUUUUCAUGUACAGAGAAGUUGUUGGUUUCCCUGAAUGUGGAAAAAAUUGUGCUUCCUGCUGCUGAGGAAGUAGAGUCAAUCUGGACAAACAAGUUUGGAUUCACAAAGAUGAAUGAUGAUCGACUGUCAAAUUAUAUGAGAGAAGUGUAGUUUACAAUUUUCAAGGGAACAUCCAUGCUGGAAAAGGCAGUGCAGCAGCAACAACACAUAAUAAUACCACCAGAAUAGCUUAGCAUACAUUGAAAGAUGGGGUUCCUCACUUGGUUGUCUACACUGCAUUCUUUUACUUCUCAGUAUCUUGUUUUGUCCUAGCUAUAAUCCUCACAUCACAUUCCUUUACUACCCUGUGCUGGACAUAUCGAAAUCAUCAUUCAAGGCUUAUAUGUUGAAUAUUUAAGACUACUUGAGUACUUUAAGAACAUUUUGUUGUUGAUGACAGUGUUGAAUGUUUUAAACUAAUUUGUGUAUUGUUAAUAUAAUGUUGAAUGUUUUUACUA